CAAAAUCAAUGCCUAGCUUCCAUCUAUUCUUAGACCUUGCCCUUAGCUUGGCCACUGCACUGGCGGUGUAGCCGUUCGGUGCCUGGUUUACAUUUCCGAGGAGUGAUCGUGGAGGCUUUCCGUUCGUGAGGCUGUGCGCGUGGGCCUCGACGUCUGGGUUCUAACAAUCAGUUUGCGUUUGCCCGAUCGCAUCGUAGAUCGCUGUUUUGCAGGGAUUGUAGAUCUAGUUGUAGGGUGCAAGACUAGUGAACAUGUGGGCGGCCUGUGCCUGUGGUGCGUAGCGGCCUUUUAUUGCUUUCGACCGGCUGUGCAGAUAUCUUUGACUUGCGGGAGAUUGAGAGUGAAGACUGUACUGAAGUGGCUGGCACUUGUCUGUUCGGUGUGUAUUCUUUGUGACAUUGAGAAGGCACAUGACUGACAGCGACUCGAGUGUAAUGAAUAUAAUGAUUAUGUAACAACUUUGAACUCCAAGAUACCAGAUCACUACUCCGAAGGAUGGCAAUGAACAGCAGGGGACACUUGGCAACUUUCUUUAUCCUUGCAAUGGUUGCGCAUGCAUUGGGCCGUGUUGCACAUCCUAUUGCUGAGACGCCAACGUGCAUCAUAACCGACCGCAUCCCUCUUGAUGAUCCAAACAAAGUGCUGAUCACCGUUAACAGCAGCUCCCCGAUACGCAGUGGCAAUAUCACAUCCAGUAAAGAUACCAGCAAUACCGAGCCCAGCACCGACGUCUGUGCUCGGUGCAACCCGGACAAUAAGGACCCGGAGAGUGACAUACCGGGAGAACAGCGAGCCUACCGCUGUGCACAUGUAGACUGUUUCGAUGCGUUGACCGACCAGCACGCUAUCCUACUGGACAACAAUGCGUACUGCUGCAUAGAGACAACUGCUCAUGUGCUGCACAAGGAUGGCACUCGAUCCCAGUGUGUCAGUAGACAGAUGUACCAUCGAGCAUUUGCCCAAACCUGCCCGCAUGAGAUAAACCUGGACACGCAGCCAACAACCACGCCACUGGCCGGUUUCAGCUAUGUGCGCAAUACCGAAAUUGGCAUGGUCAUGCAUUUUAACUUGGUUUCUGACUUCUCUGUCAAUGUUUGGCACGAGAAGAAGGAUCUAAGUGAAAGAUGCAGUUUGAUAGUGAAAAGGGCGCCGAAUACUGAUGCCAGAGAUUGUCAGCAAACAGCAGGGUUUCGAUGCCCCACGGCAACGGUGGAUAUGGCUGGAACAUACACUAUGGUGAUCUCUCUCCCGUACGCUGACGGUACAGUGAAAAAUUGGACGUACACCCACUUCUUCUCCCCUAGCCCAUCUUGCCAGAGUAUAAUCUGUGGCAAAUAUGGCUCCUGUUCAGUCAACAAAUAUGGUGACUACUGUGAAUGCUUUUCUGAGAGAUUUGGACAACGCUGUCAAUAUGCCUGUGUUCCAGAUAGCAUCGAACGACUGGGAAACAAGACAAUACAGGAUUGGCAAUGCCCGUUUGAGCAAACGCUGCACUGCAAUGUACCUGAGUAUGAUGCCAACUUUGUCACUUGGCUGGACGGAAAUGUGACCAUCGAAGGGACAGGUGACUACUUAACCCUGGACCUAAAGAAUGUAACUAGCAGCCAUGAGUUCAGGUGCGAAUUGAAUGGCACUACGAAGAUGAUUUACAACUUGACUGUGAGAACUGGUGCAAAGGUAGAUCAUGAUUUGCUGCAACGGCAGCGAGAUAAAGGGCUAUUGAGCCUUUCGGAUCAUCCGUAUAUUGAGUGCGCUGCACAGACUGAUGUCUACCCAGCCACGCUGUACAUAUGGGCACCGAAACCGGCCAAUGGAAAGAUCGACAGAGUACAGCACUGCAUUAUUGGAGGUUCCAGAAGCAGAAUUGUUCGGCUUAAGGAUAGUCCCGAGUGUGCCAUCACCUACCAGUGCCAACUUUAUAACAUUAAGAAUGUUAAUGAGAAGAUUGGCAUUGAUUAUGCCUUCAAACCUUCCUCAUCGGAUCACAUACCAUCAACUGGCAGGGACAUAGCUAUCAGCAUUGCCGUUGUAGCAUGUAUUGGGAUCGCCGUGUUAUCCCUAUAUGUAAGGCACAGACGGAUACAGCGCCGUGAAAACCAGCCGCUUGUUCCCAGUGUUCCCCGCAGGUACGGUACUAUUACCACUGAAACUGGCAAAGGGCAAAUCGCUGCGGAGAAUCCCACCGUGCACAAGUCGAGGAGCACGCCACCAAGGAACGAGGAGGCGUUGGAGAGCAGUCGAGGCACUGAAAGCAGUGAGGAGACACCAAGCAGUGCAAUCAAUGCAAGCAUUGCCAUUCCAACUCGAGAUAGUCACCCUCAUGCGAUUGGGGCCCUACCAGACAUGCCACCAGUGUCACGCUCCCUCCUUCGACCGUACAAGAAUGAUGACGUGGCUCGUAAAGGUAACCUUAGUUUACUCGACCAUAAUGAUCUGCUAACUGAACAAGACCUUGCAUGAGCACACAUUGUGUGUUCGAAUGAUACCGAGUACACGGAUAUGAGACGCAGAGUUUUUUUUGUCUUUUUUUUAAAACUUCUGGCGUACUGGAUAUGUCUUUGGAAUGAUCAACCAGAUAUCGCUUGUGAAUAUAAUGCCAUUGGUCUAGAUAUAAAUAAUAAUAAUAACGAGAGAGCUUGGAAGCUCAGGGCCCUACGCUAUGCUUUUUUGCCUUGAUGACCUAGACAAAAAAAGCAUAGGGAUGUUAUAAAUUCUUUUAAGUUUCUACUUUUUGUUUUUAGACAUAACCUGGGAUUCGAACCCGCACUAUCGCCCUGCAUGCAUCCCCCGAUACACUUCGCAUACAUACUAAUUCUUCCAAGUUGCUUCACGUUAUGAUCCUUGUAUUUGAAAGCCCUAUUUGAAUAUGCAUUGUGGCCAGCCGUCUUUGAUUGUACGGUACGGUACGGGAUAGGUACGGGACAGGUACGGGACAGGUACGGGACAGGUACGGUCGAGGGUAAUACGACACCGUCUACCCCCUUGAUGACGGCAAAAAAAGAAAAGGGAUGUUAUAAAUUUUUCAAUUCUCCUAUUUUUUCAGGCAUUACCUGGGAUUCGAACCCGCACUAUCGCCCUACAUGCAUUCCCCCAUACACUUCGCAUUCAUACUCAUUCUUCCAAGUUGCUUCACGUUAUGAUCUUGCGUUUGAAAGCCCUAUUUGAAUAUUGCGGCCAGCUGUAUGUGGCCAGCUGUGUUUGUUGGUACGGGACGGUACGGGACAGAUACGGGAUAGCGCCAGGCGUGACACGAACACACGGGAAUAAUAAUAAUAAUAUAAUAUUCGCGGGAUCCGCAUUAGCAUCACUUGAAUACGAAAACACACAAGCCUUCGCUUCCGCAGGCUACCACUAUGCCUUUUCACCUUAGUGGCGAAUGCAGACCUCACAAGUAAGUCUAGAUAUGUUCAACGAAAUUCUGUGCGUUUGUACUCAACAUCUUGAUUGCUACUUUUCUCUUCUCUGAUUUCUUGUAGGGAUAAUUUUUUUAUUGCAAUGCCUUGUUAAAGGAAAAAACCCU